UCGUCACGUCGUUUUACAAUCACUACUCCCAAAAACCCACAAUACCAAAAAAACCCAACCCCCUCUCCCCAGAAUUCCACGCCCCUUUCUUCCUUUUCUUUUCUUCAUCUUCUUCUUCCCUUCUCUCCACGCUUUCCCUUUCCAUUUCAUUAUAUCUUACAUUCCAUAACACUUAACCAUGUGGAUGAUGGGUUACAAUGACGCUCCAGAUCAUUUUAACUUUCCUUCUGAUAACUCUUUCAAUUCUCGCAAACUUAGACCUCUCGUUCCUCGCCCUCUCCAUUCUUCUUCUUCUUCUUCUUCUUCCUCCAUUAAUACUAAUCCUCCCUUCAAUCUCAUCCACACAAACGAUUUCUUCUCCCAAUUUCAUCACAUGGCGACAGUAACUGAUCAGAAUAAGAGAGAGUUGAACAAUGUGACGCCGUCGCCGCCUGUGGUAGUGAGCUCGCGGUGGAAUCCGACGCCUGAGCAGUUGAGAGUGCUGGAGGAAUUGUAUCGGCGGGGGACUCGAACCCCGUCCGCUGAUCAAAUUCAACAUAUCACUGCUCAGCUUCGUCGUUACGGUAAGAUUGAAGGUAAGAAUGUGUUCUAUUGGUUUCAAAAUCAUAAAGCUAGAGAGCGACAGAAACGCCGUCGCCAGAUGGAAUCCGCCAUCUCUGCCGCUGACCUCGAUAUCCUUGAAAGGAAAGAUUCAGGGUCGGGCAGGACAGUGUAUGAAGAACAGACCAAAAACUGGAUGCCCUCUACAAACUGCAGUACACUUCCUGAGGAAUCUGUUCCAAUUCAAGGGGCAGCAAAAAGUAGUGUAAUGGGAGAAGGAGAUUGCAGGACAGAAAACGAAUGGAUUCAGUUUGAGGAAUUGCACCAAAUAAGAAAUAACAACACCACCAACAACGACAACUUUGCUGAAAAGAAUAGCAAUAACAUCAACAACAACAAUAACAACAAUCCAGCCUCCUUGCAAUUGAUGCAUUGUCCGGCAGCCGCUCUCCGCAAUGGCAGCGGUGGUGGUGGAGGCGGUGGCCAACUGAUGAUGAACAUUGCCCCCAUCACCACCACAGCCACAGUGACAACAAUAAUGCAUCCAAAAUCUCAUAGAAGAAGUAAUUUUAAUACUGUUGGGGUUGAAGAAUCGGAAGAAAUAGGAGGAGAAGAAGAAGAAGGGUGUGGAGAAUCUGAAACCCUACAACUUUUUCCAUUAUGCAGUGAGACAAGAAAUGGAGAGAUUAUUGGAGUCAAAAAUGGGUGUGAAACAGUGGAAAAUUCAAGCAUGAAUAGUACUAAUCUGACUCCACUUCAGUUCUUUGAAUUCCUUCCUUUGAAGAAUUGAACCUUUUUUUUAUUUUAGCUGCUUCACAUCUAGGGUUAAUUACAUUAGAGUGUUUAAAGUAAAGUUCUUGUAGUUACUAUAUAGAUUCUUGGUUUCUUUAAUUCCCUCCCAACUUUUCUAUUUACGUACGUAAAAGUUGAUGGGGUUUGUGUUUUAAGAUGUUUUAUGGAUGGAUAUUGGACAACACUUUCAUUCA